UACUUGAGAGUAGUAAUCGUAUGCAACCAAGCACCGAUGAUCUAGGACAACAAUUAGUCAACGCUAUGACAAAUAGCCGGAACCGCGUACGAUGUUUGUAGUAACUGCAAGAUAGAUGGGUUAGUUAUCAAUGUGUGAUAAGUUGUGAGCGUAAGAGGUGUGGUCAGUUACCUGGAAGGAACGCUCAUAAGUAUGGUGGUUGGAGUAGGGCGUGGAUAAUUUCUGUAUUCACUGAGCUAAUUAAAAUUCCUGUGACGCUAACGAUAUCCACGAUAACGUUCGCAUGGCUACGCAGUGGGUAUUGCUAGAAGUGUUUCAAGCACUGAAUGAAGUUCCGUUUUAUCAUAUUUUCCUUGAAGUAGGGUUGUUGAUGUGGAUUUUGUGGCUCAUCUUUCAUAAAAGUUACAACCCUAAAGAGCUAGAACAGUUGACAGAUUUUGAAAAAGAGAAGCUGAUUGAAGAAUGGACACCAGAACCUCUAGUUGGGAAUGUUGCACAAAACCAUCCAUCACUGAAGCCUCGUAUGGUCAGUGGAAAGGCCGGUAAAUUCAUUAACGUAGAUGGUCACUAUUGUUUAAACAUGGCAACUCACAAUUAUCUUGGAUUUGUAGGGAACAAAGAUAUCGAGGAAAGUGCAAUUAAAACAUUACAGAAGUAUGGGGUUGGAUCCUGUGGCCCUAGAGGUUUUUACGGUACAGUUGAUGUUCACCUGGACUUGGAAGACAGACUUACAGAGUUCAUGAAGAUGGAAGAAGCAGUUGUGUAUUCUUAUGGGUUUUCUACAAUUGCAAGUGCUAUUCCAGCAUAUGCAAAACGAGGUGAUGUUAUUUUUGUUGACGAGAAUGUGAAUUUUGCCAUUCAGAAGGGUUUAGAUGCUUCACGAAGUAAAAUUCGUUUCUUCAAACAUAAUGAUAUGGUAGAUUUAGAAAGACUUCUAAUGGACCAAGCAGCAUUGGAUAAAAAGAACCCAAAGAAAGCACAAGUGACUCGCAGAUUCCUUAUUGUUGAGGGCAUCUAUAUGAACAGUGGCAAUAUAUGUCCAUUACCAGAGUUGGUGGAACUGAGGAAGAAAUACAGGUUGCGCAUAUUUGUAGAUGAAAGUAUUUCAUUUGCUACUCUUGGAGACCAUGGAAGAGGUGUCACUGAAUAUUACAAUAUACCCAGAGAGGAAGUAGAUAUGAUAAGUUGUAGUAUGGAAUGGUCUAUGGCUACAAUUGGUGGUUUUUGUGUUGGUUCCUCAUUUGUUGUAGAACACCAGCGACUUUCAGGAUUGGGAUACUGUUUUUCUGCAUCACUUCCCCCUCUGUUAGCAGCUGCAGCCAUUACCUCAUUGGAUAUUAUGGAAAAAGACCCCACUCUGUUCAAGAAAUUGCAGCAGCAAUGUCAGCUUGUUCACAAAGCUCUGAGUACACUGCCUUUGUUUAUUUUGCAAGGUGAUCCUGAUUCUCCAGUUAAACAUCUGUACUUGCGUAACCCACCAAACUGUACUAACCAUGAAUUUAAUCUCCUAAGCAAGAUUGCUGACUUCUGCAUUGAACAUGGCAUUGCUGUUGUAACAGCUGCAUAUCUACAAACAGAGAAAUUUACCCCAAGGAACAGUAUUCGUGUGACAGUGAAUAACAUGCUGACAGGAGAUGAAAUCAAUAAUGUAGCUGUGGUACUUGAGAAGGCUUCUAGUGAAGUCCUUUAAGAACUAUAUGUUUUUUGUAAAUUUGACCGCAGAGUUAAAAGUUUGCAGUUUUUCAAUCAUAUAAGCAUUUUAAUUGGAGAAGGCUUCCAAUGAAGUUCUCUGAGAAUUAUAUUUUUCUUAAAUUUGACUACAGAAUUAAAAAUUGCAGUUGUUCCAUUAUGUAAGCACUUUAAUUAAAUGGAUGUGCAGAUUGUUAAUAUAUACAGAAAGCUUUGAGUGGAAGAAAUAGAUAAGUGCAGCAGAAUAUUUAUAUAAGUUUGGAUUGACACUCAUAUCGUUGAAAAGUAGUUGAUUUUGUGAACAUAAAGUUGGCAUUCCAUUACAUUUAAAGCAUAGAUUUAGAUAAUACUUAGAUAUGCUAUAUAUAGUUUUAAUUUAUAUAAGUACUAUUACAAGGCUUCAUUAUUGAAUUUUUCUUUUUGGACAUGUUCUUUUAUUGUAAACUUAUAGAAUACUUGAGAUUUAGAGUAUUUAUUUUCCUGGCAUUCAUUUCAGUAUCAGAAACAUGUUACAUCUUAAUAUGCAGCUUAUAAAGUGGUUUUGUAACAUGCACUAAGGUUAUCAUAGCUAGGAAACUGCUGCUGGCAUGAGUGUAAGGAAUCCAAAGAUUAAUUUUAGAUUAUUGGCCCUUCGAAGGGCUUAUGCACAUGUAUCUGAUAUCAUGUCUACAAUUAACUUCAUAUAAAGUGCAAUCUACUUUUCAGAG